GAAAUGGAUUUCGAGUGCCUCUCGUCUCUCAUCACGCUGGAGCAUCUGAACCUGAGAUGCCUCAAGCCAGAGCUGGCUCACCCGGUGAGCGCACAAUCCCAGUGUCCACCGCCACCGACGCCGCCGGUCACGCCUGCCCUGGCUGGAGUUCAGCCAUCAUUUGUGUCGCGGUCCACGCCUGACAUCACACUGGCACAGAACAUGCCCUUGCUCCAACCGGUGGCACCAGAGCCUGCAGUGAGCGUGGUGCCGUUUCCAUUCAGCAUCAUGAAGCUGCUCUCCAAGUGCCAGCAGACCGAGAUCCUCUUCUCCACCUUCAUCCAAGAGCUGAGGCCUCUCGACGUUGAUGGUGGGAAAAAUCACCCCGUGGACUGUGAGGGGCGUCCGCGCCCUCAGCCCAACGACCUUCUGUACGAGCAGCUGUUGGGCAACCUCCAAGCGAUACAUGACCGUGAGGUGUCACUUGGCCCUGAGGAGCAGGCACUGCUGCCAAACGAGAUCCACAACCGGCCACGUGACCAGCAUGCCUAUCCCGUGCCAUUUGCUGUGCCCCCUGUGCAGGCGACUCCUGUUGCGUGAGUAGACUUUUUUUCUCUACAUAUAUGUGUCUUGUUAACCCUUUCCCUUCCACGAAA